CGCCGCGGGAGGAAGAGGCGGAGGGAGCGGCGGCGGCGGGCGGGGGCAGGAGCCCCAUUCAUAGGGACCGGCCCGCGCCCUCCCUGCCUCCCACCUUCCCCCGGCCCGCCGGCCGCCGAACCCCCCCUCCCCGGCGCUAUGUCCUUCUUCAGGAGGAAAGGCAGGGGGGCGGCGGCGGGCGGGCGGCCGCCGGGCUCGUCCCCCGCGCGGCUGCCGGGCCCCGGCCCUGCCGCUCCGGCCGCGGUGAGCGGGCCCCGCGAGGACGGCCGGGCCCUGCGGAGCGGGCUGGGCGGGAAUGACGUGAAAGGCAAAGAACAAGAAAACACCACAGAUGUGAAAGCAAUUAAAACUCCAAUCCCAGUACAUUCCCCUCAAAGAAGCACUAGAAAUCAUGCCUUGCUGGAGGCUGCAGGACCAAGCCAUGUGGCCAUUAAUGCCAUCUCUGCCAACAUGGACUCUUUCUCCAGCAGCCGGACAGCUGCCCUUAAGAAGCAGCCAAGUCACAUGGAAGCUGCUCAUUUUGGAGACUUAGGCAGAUCGUGUCUGAAUUAUCAGGCUGAAGAGACCAAAUCAAGCCUUUCAAAGACCCUUGAACAAGUCCUGCAGGACAGUGUAGCCCUCCCUUAUUUCAUCCAGUUCAUGGAGCUGCGCAGGAUGGAACACUUGGUGAAGUUCUGGUUAGAGGCCGAGAGCUUCCACUCCACGACGUGGUCCCGCAUCCGCGCGCACAGCCUGAACACCGUGAAGCAGAGCUCCCUGGCAGAGCCAGUGUCACCCUCCAAACAGCAGGAAUUGGCAUCAUCUCCUCCAGCUGGGUUGCUUGAGGAGAGACUGGAGGAUUCUGGCACAGCCCGACUGCUCCGGGCCGAGCCCGCGGCGUCGGGCAGGAAGGACAGAACUGGGAACAGCCAGAACCACGUGCUCCCGGGUCAGGAGUGUGGCAGUGCCAGUGUUCUUUGUCUAAGGAAGUCAGAGACAGGGACUCACUCUCUUCCAGCUGAGCAACAAGAAUCUUCCAAGCUUUCAGUAUCAAAUAGAAACAGCCCCUCCUCUGCACUAAAGGACUUGUCAGGAAAACUCAUGAAAAGUAUAGAACGGGAUGCAGUUAGUACUUUUACCAAAUAUAUUUCUCCAGAUGCUGCUAAACCAAUCCCUAUUACAGAAGCAAUGAGAAAUGACAUAGUUGCAAAGAUUUGUGGGGAAGAUGGCCAAGUGGACCCCAACUGUUUUGUUACAGCACAGUCCAUAGUGUUUAAUGCAAUGGAACAAGAGCACUUUAGCGAGUUUUUACGAAGUCAUCAUUUCUGUAAAUACCAGAUUGAGGUGCUGACUAGUGGGACUGUGUAUCUGGCUGACAUCCUCUUCUGUGAGUCAGCCCUGUUCUACUUCUCUGAGUACAUGGAGAAGGAAGAUGCAGUUAAUGUACUGCAGUUCUGGUUGGCAGCAGAUAACUUCCAGUCUCAACUUGCUGCCAAAAAAGGCCAGUAUGAUGGGCAGGAAGCACAGAACGAUGCCAUGAUUUUAUAUGACAAGUACUUCUCCCUCCAGGCCACACAUCCCCUGGGCUUUGAUGACUCGGUGAGGCUGGAAAUCGAAUCCAACAUCUGCAGGGAGGGGGGGCCUCUCCCCAACUGCUUCACCACUCCCUUAAGACAGGCGUGGACCACCAUGGAGACGGUUUUUUUACCUGGUUUCUUGUCCAGCAACCUUUACUACAAGUACUUGAACGAUCUCAUCCAUUCAGUACGAGGAGAUGAAUUCCAGGGAGGGAAUAUUGCACUGAGUAUCCAUGGCCAUGGCAGCUCUCCUGACAGUGAUUCCAUAGGGGCCCCGGAUGGCUCUGCCUCCCAGUCCAAUGUCAAAAAGGCUAAUGUUAAAAUCCUGAAAAAUUUUGAUGAAGCAAUAAUUGUAGAUGCUGCAAGUCUGGAUCCAGAAUCCUUAUAUCAACGAACAUAUGCAGGGAAGAUGACAUUUGGACGUGUCAGUGACCUGGGACAGUUCAUCAGAGAAUCUGAACCGGAGCCUGAUGUCAAAAAAUCAAAAGGGUCCAUGUUUUCACAAGCAAUGAAGAAAUGGGUUCAAGGAAACACAGACGAGGCUCAAGAAGAGAUGGCUUGGAGGAUAGCAAAGAUGAUAGUCAACGACGUCAUGCAGCAGGCGCAAUGUGAACAGCCUUCGGAGAAGGUUACGAAGCUAUGAUUUUAGAAACUCCAGAACAGGAAAUCUGUUUUUCCACUUUGAGAAUGAAUGAACUUUCCCUUUUGGUGGAUUCUUUAACACAGCCAAUAAAAACAAAGCACUGUUACUCCAACCGCCGAGAUCUCCCUCAUUUCUAAGGAAGAAUGAAAGAGAAGCAAUCCUGUACCUCCACUGUAGAGUGAAGAAACACUUUUUCCUGUUGUAUGCGGCAUUCACAGUAAUGAUGGUUUUUAGAGAUGAAGAUGCAGUUUACAAGUGUGUCACUGAGAAACUGUGAUCGACUUCACAAAUACUUGACCCUGUCUCAAAAAGACUUUUAAGCAAAAUGUCUGGAAUGGGACACAGGCCACAGCAGAGGGGAAGGUUUUGCUGUAAUUUCUAGUUCUACUACUUGUAAUUUUUAAACACAAUUGCAAAGGCCUCGGGGCACAUCCCCUCCACUGGCCACUGGAGAGGUGAACCUGGAAGGGUGAAUUCAUGGGCAGUGAAUGACCUAGAAAGUUCUUAAGUUUUAUUUUCCGUUACUUGAAAUAGAUGAGUAUUCAACUGUAAGAUAAAUGUAUUUUACUUCAUAACUACAUUAACUUUGAGGGCAGGAUAGAAGGAUCAGGAGCAGUGUAACUCCUCCUUGCUGAGCUCGUGCCCCUGCACACACACCCCCCCUGCUUCCACCACAGAGCACACUCGGAUCCUGCACCUGGGCAGCUCCCAAGCCACGGCUCCGAGCAGGUUGGACCCUGGAAACUGCUCCAUUUUCUGUCCUCUCCAUCCCACGAGCGAGGAAAAAAAGUAAUUGCUGCCAUUCUCCACCGCUUGUUGUCCUCCAACCAACACAGUAUCUAAUUCCAGAUGUUUGGUUUACAAAGAAAAGCAAUUCUUAAUGACCUCUGGCCUUCUUCCUGACACUGUCAACACUUACCAUGUUACACAGCACCUCUUUUUUUUUUUUUUUUUCCAGUGAAUUGAUUUUUGCAGGGUAUCAGAAGUACUCAGUGUCUCACCAUUAUGUUACUGCUGCAUUUUUAGUAUACAACACUUAUUUUGGGUCUUUUUUUUUUUUUUUUUUUUACUCUGAUGAUUGCUUUUUUCCUCAAACUUGUGCAAAGAAAUCACUAUGCGAAGAACUCAAAUCAUUUCCAAUGUUCAGAAUAUCUUGAUUGACUAGCAAGUGUUAUUCUGUUGCAAUAUUCGAUUGUAUAGAGACACACUGUAUUGUCUAUGAAAAAGCAAAAAGAAAAAAAAAGGCUGUGUAUAGGUUUUUGGUACUGUGUACCACCUCUUAUUUCUCUCAUACCUAAGCAUUCAUGUACUUAAAACAUACUAUAUUUAAUUGUGUUUUGAUUUAAAAUAUAUAAAUAUUAAAAUUUG